AAAAGUAUUUUAAUCAUUGUGAUUGUCCAGUAAAUUAGUUCCUGUAACAUUUAAAAAAAAUUCAAGGCAUUUAAUCCAGUUAAAAAAAAGUUAUACCGUUUUAAAAGGUACUAAUUCGUUUUUGCUGCUCACUCUAUAAUUUACAUCUAAUUAACAUCAGUAGCCACAAAGAAAUUUUAAUCUGAUUAUUGUGUGUGUGUGGCUUAGUUUUUACAUACUUACAACAGGAAAGUAUAUGUCGGAGAAUUAUCCAUAACAAAUGGGAUUGGAUGAACCCAAUGGAUUUCCAUUGGCAAUCAUUAGACUCAACCAAUUCUAUUUGUGAGGCUUCCUCUCCGCCAAUUGGAGCAAAUUCCGACCAGAUUCCCUGCCACCAUUGGACACACUAGAUACCAAUGAAUACAAUCGCUUUGACUGGAAAUUACAAGAACAGUCAGGCGCCAUAGAGCUACGAUUUCGAAUUUAAUUCAAGCGUAGUUUUGUUCUACCGUUUCUCUCAGGCUUUGUCAGGCAAGAUUUUUCAUAGAUACAGCAAUAAUACAAUUAUUUUUAACUGGCGUUUAUUAUGGACACUUAUAUUUGCAACAAGUGUUAUGCGACAGUUCACAGAGGAAGACAACCGUUUUGUUUAACACAAUGCGGUCACAUAUACUGUCAGGCGUGUAUUCAACGAGCUGAGAAACAUUGCCCGCAAUGCCAACAAGUAGACAUCUUCUCUGUAGAAUUGCAACAACCUUCUUUAUCCAGAGUACAAAAUUUGUUUGUACCAAUUAAUGAAUCGUUGGAAUCUCUGAACACAAUUUUUGGCUUUCAAUAUAAUCAAAUGAAAAUUGUGAUACAACGUUUCCUGGAAAUGGAUAAGAAAUAUGAAUCACUGAAAACUCACUACUACAAUGUUACACAAAGUAUACAAUUCUGUAAAGAUAAGUAUAACAAGCUGAAGAUGGAGAACAUUGAACUACGGAAGAAAUUGAUGUCCUCGGAAGUACGUAAUAGAACAUUGGAUAGUUUCAAUAAGACGUCAACACCAAUGAAUUCUUUAAAUAGAACAUUCAAAACAAGACACACAGCAAGUACUUCUACUGGUAGAACUAAUCUGUCAUCAACGUAUAAAAUGUUUAAUAAUUUGCAUAUACCAAAUUUCCAAUCUGUUAGAUCAUAUAAUUCUCAUGGAACAACUAACACUAACUCUAGACAUACGUAUAAACCAAAAUAAUAUGAUAAACCAAAUUUAUUUACGAUUUAAAUAAUUUUGUAUAAAAUAUUAAUCUUCUAGUUAAUCUAAAAGUAUACUUGUAGCCCUCCCAUGCCAAGCACCUAAAUGUUAUCAAUUCUGAUGAGAUGAAUCAUUAUUCUGCCCCAUGAGAUAUAUUAGGGCUUUUUUCUUUACAUAAUGAGUUGUAAUAUUACUGAUGGUAUUAC